GCAAGCUUUUCACAUAAUUUUCAACCGGCGAAGUAAAAAAGUACGCAAAAUAAAAGAAAUAAACAACUUUGAAAUGUUUAUUGAUUACUUUGCCUUCAAUAACGUUAUCUUUCUGUGACUGAAGCUGGUAAUUAACGUUUUUGUAAACUUUUUUGUUGUUUUGUUAUUUAACUAUUGCUGCUGUCACUUUUGUUCAAACAAAAAAACUUUUUUGCCUACACAUUUUUGAUAUUUUUCUUCGGUGGGAAUGCAACUGCAUUUUUAUGUCAGACUAUAUUGCAAAGUGCCAAGAAGAGGCGGAUUCUGAAAAAGUUUCACAUUCAGGACUCUGCUGCUGCGAAUAUAUAGAUCACGAAAAUAAGCGUUACAACAUAAUAGCUUGUUGUUGCAAUUGUGACGAUUUUGACCAAGUUGGUACUGACUGGAUAACUUGCCGUCCAAUCGAUCGAUCUCGUCUGCGCAAUAUGUUGCUAACCUUUCAGGACCGUCUACGCAUUCCAUGGCAAGGUGGUGCUAAGCAGAUUACUUUGAGUAGUCUUAUUCCCAUAUUUGUUAUACCACUUUUAAUCGGUUUGGCGGCCAUCAAUGUAUAUACUUGCAUUAUAAUAUUUUUAUCAUUCACUGUGAUAAUGGGCUACGCUUUGAAUUACGUCCAGCGUAGAUCUGUGCGAACUAGCUUUUUCUUUGUUUGGAUAUCUGCUUCGUUAAUAUAUUCAAUAUUGUUGUUUCAAAUGACGAUUCCCCUCUUUGAAGUACUUCCAGAGGAAAACUUGGCUUUAGUAAUACUAUCGUUAAUAUCUUUGUUUUGCUUCUAUAAGACUCAUAGAAGAGCUUCGUUAAAUAAUGUUGUUCAAAGCGUUGGUAACCAAAACGAUAUGGCUGAUAUCACAGAGGCAAGCCUAACAGAAGAAAACGCAACGGACCAAACUGCUUUAUUGAUCGAAGACAAUUUGGAAGAAUCGCAAUCGCCCGAAGAUGUCAGCAGCAAUCUGUCCAACAUAUGCUCAACAUGCCGUAAAUGUGUGCCCUUGCGAACAGCGCAUUGUUCCGUUUGCCGAGCUUGUAUUAGACGACAUGACCACCACAGUUAUUGGUUAAAUUGUUGUAUAGGUGAAUCAAAUCACCGUUAUUAUAUUGCAGGAUUAUUCUUCGCAUUUUUGGCGUUAUUGUUAGGGGCUGACUUAACAUUAACCGCCAUUUGUCAUCCUUUUUUACUUGCUUACAUACUAGGGCUGCAAAUAUUGCUACCAGACGAUUGUUCCGAAGUUUUCGACAUAUAUGAAUUUGGCAUUGCUUUUGUAAUUGCUACUUAUGCUUUGUUGAUCGCAGUUUAUAUCGUGGUUAUACUUGUGCGACAACUGUAUUUUAUAUCACGAGGUAUAACUCUGCAUGAAGGAAAGAAGGGAAUAAGUGGAAAUAAUAAAACGUUGAAACAAAAUUGGAAGGGUUUUUUGCUCUAAAUAGCAUUAAUCUUGUAUCAUAAUUUUGUGGGAUCUACGUAUGCGGAAAGACUCGGUAAUGCGAACAGAAUAUUAUUGAACUAUUACGGAAAAAAUUCUUGAUGUUGCACAGGGAAGGAGAUUGAAUUCCAAUUUUCUGGCAAACACAUUUAGCUUAAUGUUACUUAAAAGCUCUCUGCUAUCGAAUCAUACGUACAAUUAAUACAAAGAUAUAAACAAUUACGCGUCAAUAGAAAUAAAUAAGAAUUAAUUUUGAU